AUGUUUGGCAGGUUGAAGAGAGUCUUUGCUGGCCCGCAGGUGCCAGAGGCUUCAGGCACCCCUGCAGCUCCUGCUCCAGCUCCUGAUCCUGAUCCUGAUCCAGCGCCAGCUCCAGCUCCUGAUCCAGCUCCAGCCAAGGAGGAGAAGCCAGCCGAUAAGGAGAAUGAGGCCAAGAAAGAGGACAAACCGCAGGCUCCGGCUCCGGCUCCGGCUCCGGCUCCGGCUCCGGCUCCGGCUCCAGCUCCGGCCCCCACUCCGGCAGCAGCCCCUGCCCCAGGAGCAGCUCCUGCUAACCCUGAUCAAGCUGGACCUGAGGGAGAAGAGGCGCCCCCUCCUCCACCUCCACCUAUUGUCAUAAACAAGUAUGCAGACGAGCAGCUCAGAUGCAUAGCCCAACGCAUGCAAGCAAGACUGAACAUCUACAAAGAGAAAGUGGUCGAUCAGUACGCUUCAUCCCCAGAGAUCACUCCUCCUGUCACGCCUGUGCUGCUCAAAGACGAACACGCAAAACUCCUAGAGGAGAGGAAAAAGCAAGCAGAGGAGGACCUCGUAAAGAAGGAAGAGGCUGACAUUAAGAAGAAAGAGGAGCAGGAGAAGAAGAAAAAGGAGAACGCAGAGAAGAAGAAGGAAGACGACAAACAAAAGAAAUUGCAGGCUGCAAAUGUGCAACUGAAUAGGAACAUACCGACCAAGAUAAAGGAAGCUUUCUGGUACUCGGUGGACGUUGUUCUGAAGCCAAUUGAGGACAAGAUGGACUCUGUGCUGGGGACCACCAUUGACCCUUUCACAGACCGGCACUACAUCGCCUGGCUGAGCGUGGUGACCUUGGCCUUCAACUACAACACCUGGUUUAUCACGGCCCGUCUGUGCUUCCCGUACCACUCGGAAUUUGCCAUUCCCUUCUGGUUCGCCGCAGAUACGCUGGCAGACCUCAUCUACCUCACAGACGCAAUCCUCUUCCAGCCCCGCAGACAGUUUGUCCAAGGAGGGGACAUCAUAACAGACCGACUGGUGACAAAGACAAACUACAGAAAAUCUGACAGAUUCAAGCUAGACAUGCUGGCCCUCAUGCCAUUCGACUUGCUGUACCUAGAGUUUGGAUUCAAAUCCAUUUUCAGAGCCAAUCGUCUGAUAAAGGUGGACACAUUCUUUGAGUUCAGCGAUCGUCUUGAGAGCUUAAUGUCCAAAGCUUACAUCUGGAGAGUGAUUCGGACCAUUGGAUAUCUUCUCUUCAUGCUGCACCUCAACGCCUGCUUCUACUACGUGGCUUCAGAGUAUCAGGGAAUCGGGAAGACUAGAUGGGUUUACUCCGGUCUGGGCAACGCGUACCUGCGUUGUUACUACUACGCUGUCCGCAGUCUGAUCAACAUCGGGGGUCUUAUCGAACCCCAUACCGUGUUUGAGAUUACCUUUCAGAUGACUAACUUUUUCGUGGGCGUCUUUGUGUUCUCCAGUUUGAUUGGACAGAUGAGGGACGUCAUCGGUGCAGCCACAGCAGGACAGACAUACUUCAGAUCCUCCAUGGACGGCACUGUGGCCUACAUGGUGACCAAUCACAUCCCCACUGAGGUGCAGAACCGAGUCCGCACCUGGUACACCUACACCUGGGACGCUCAGGGCAUGCUGGACGAGUCGGAGCUGCUGGACAGCAUGCCUCUGGUGAUGAGAACCGCCAUCGCUGUCGACAUCAACUUGACCACCUUCCAGAAGAUUGAUCUUUUCAAGGGCUGCGACCAGCAGAUGUUGGUGGACAUGUUGCUGAGGCUCAAAUCUAUCAUCUAUUUACCUGGUGACUUUGUCGUAAAAAAGGGGGACAUCGGGAAAGAGAUGUACAUCAUCAAAGAGGGAGCGGUGCAGGUGGUGGGGGGGCCGGACAACAGCAUCGUGUUUGUCACCCUGAAGGCUGGCUGUGUGUUUGGAGAAAUCAGUCUGUUGCAGUCUUCCAAAGAUGGAGGGAACAGGCGGACAGCUAAUGUCAAAGCGUAUGGUUUUGCUAACCUCUUCGUCCUGGAGAAGAAAGACCUGUUCGACAUCCUGGUCCACUACCCAGAGUCUCAGAAAGUGUUGGCCAGGAAGGGAAAGAAACUGAUGAAGGCGAAGGGUCCCGCAGCAGCUAAAGCAGAUGACGACAAGAAGAAGGGGCUCGCACUGUUCGGACCCAAACCCCCCACACCCAAAAUGCUGCGACUCUUCGGCGGAAAGAACAUGAUUGAAAGAAUGAAGGCUGCUUCUGGAAACAAAUAA